AUGUCUCCUUCACCAGCGGACCCUUAUCGAGGUUCCAUGGUUAACUACAGUCCCCAUGACAGUGGUAAAGAUGUGAACCGAGAGGAUAUCAUUUCCUACGGCGAAUCUCCGCUGCUCCUCCAAGACCGGCCUGGAUUUCGCUACUCCGAUACAACCCAGCCAACCUAUGUGUCUCCGCCGGCUUUUAUCGCGGACCACUCGCUACAGCGGCAGCCCUCGCAUUACCAUACACAUGAAUAUAGACUCUCUCCAAUCCAAGGUAGCAGAAAGCGACGACGUAUCGAUAAUGAGCCUGGCGCCAACGAAGGCACUAAUCCCAACUAUGGGUAUCGAACUAUCUUGCAAAAUCUACCCAUGGGUGACCCGUCGGCUCCAGCAGGCGGAUCGACCGACUUGACGUACGCUGAUCAUGUCGGCGCUUCCUCUUCUCACCAGACAUCGAGCCAGGACUACCUCCAAAGUUCUCUCCCGCAACAGCAUCAUCACCAUCGGCUACCACCCCAAUCGUUUGCAGCUAUAGGUCAGGGCUCUGGAGCGGGAUCAUACUUGCCGCAAAUCGACCGUAGUCACUUGACCCGUCCAGGCAUGCCUAAACCUUUCCCCGCGCCCAGAGCACCAAAGACUAGAUUCGGUCCUGAGGAAGAUGCGCUGUUGGUAAGACUGAAGGAGGAGUUUCAGCUUUCCUGGAAGGAUAUUGCGUGGUUCUUCCCGGGGCGAAAACAAGAAACAUUGCAAGUCCGUUACUGUACCAAAUUGAGGGAAAGGGUUGUGGUUUGGGAUGAUGCUUUGGAUCAGAAGCUGAGAAAGGCGCUGGAGGAGUAUGAGUACAACAAAUGGACGCACAUUUCCCGGAAGCUUGGGCCUGGUAUACCACCAGCGACGCGCUCGGGCCAAAGCGGCUUCAAACUCGCCCAACCUCAAACCUCCAAACUCCCUCUCCUGCCCCAAACGCCCCGCGUCAUUCUUCCCAUUAACUCCAGGACAAUGUUCCUCCAACGUACAGCCUCCGCUCUCGCAAGGCGCUCGCCUGCCCGCGCUUUCACCCUCGCCCAGCGCCCUUUCUCAUCCUCCAUCAUUCGCUCCAAUGAGAAGAAGUGGACUCCCAAGCAGGAUGGCAAGAUCCUGACCUUCGAGGAGAUCAAGGUCGAGGAUGACCUCGUCGCUCCCGGUGCCAAGCCCGGUACCAUUCCCACCGACGUCGAGCAGGCCACCGGUCUUGAGCGUCUGGAACUCAUCGGAAAGAUGCAGGGCAUUGACAUCUUCGACAUGCGUCCCCUUGAUGCCUCCCGCAAGGGCACACUCGAAGACCCCAUCAUUGUCAACGGCGCCGGUGAUGAGCAGUACGCCGGUUGCACCGGUUUCCCCGCAGACUCUCACCAGGUCAACUGGCUGACUGUCUCCCGCGAGCGCCCCCUCGAGCGCUGCCUUGAGUGCGGCAACGUGGUCAAGCUGAACUAUGUCGGACCCGAGGAGGACCCCCACUCCCACGACCACGACCACGGUCACCACCACCCCCCUCACGUCGAGCCCAAGACCUUCGCCGACUACGUUAAGCCCGACUACUGGUACCGCUAA